AUGUUUAAAUUCAUGAAAAAACUAAUUUAUCGUUCAAAUUUACAAUUAAAAUGAUAAAUCAAUAUUCCUUUUAUUUCUAAAAAUGAUUGUUAUUCAGUAAUUUAUGAAUUGUGCGUGUUGUUUAAGUAGUCGAAACAUGUUGCAAUAUGCGUAUGUUCCUUAGUCACAUGUAGUAAAUUCCAAUCAUUGAAAACUAUAACGAAUAACACUACUUAUCUCAAACGACAGUAAAUACAAACUAAAUUUUCCUUAUUUUUUUGUAAUUAACAUCACAUCCGCUCCCUCGAUGGACCAAUUACACGGAUACUAAUAAGAUGUUAAUGUUCUGUCCGACUUGUGGUAAUGUGCUUCGGGUAGAAGAAGCCUUGGCUGGAUUGCGGUUCGCGUGCAAUACGUGUCCUUAUAUUUUUAAUAUAUCAAGAAGAAUUAGCAGUCGAACGUAUCCAAAACUUAAAGAAGUGGACGAUGUGUUAGGUGGAACUGCAGCUUGGGAAAACGUAGACUCCACGGAAGAAAGAUGUCCAAAGUGUGCCCAUCCUCGGGCAUAUUUCAUGCAAAUACAAACACGAUCUGCUGAUGAACCGAUGACAACAUUUUACAAAUGUUGCAACCCUCAAUGUGGUCACAAUUGGCGCGAUUAAGGAAUGCCAACAUAAUAUUUAGAGAAAAAACGACAUUGCCAGAUAUAUUAGUUGGUCCAAUGGCAAGAUCUGUUCAAGGUGCUAAAAUGGAGAUAAAUCAGUUGGAGAACAAAUUAUGGAUAUGCAAAGGAAAAAGAAGUGCGGCAAUAGCUAU